AUGCUUUGUGACGCCAAGGGCAAAGAUGAGCGCAAAAACCGGAACGUUGUCCGCACUUCGUGGAAACGCGAGCGGGAGAGACACACUGACGCGUGCGCCUCGUCUUCCUCCAGUGUUUGCGCGGCGCGUCAGGAUGCCGCCUCCCCUCCGCUCGCCUUCCUCCCGCCGCACAGCCCUCCGUCACCGCCUUGUGCUUCAGUCAUGGCCGAGAACAACAGCAGCGGCAGCAGCGCGAACAAUGCACCGCGGCGGCAACAUGACGACAGCGCCGCGAAGAAGCACCGAGCCUCGGACAAGAUGGAUCCACAGUUCAGCUUGGCCUCCUGCACAGGUUCUGUUGCUGUUCCCGUGGGUCUGUCCUCCUCCUUGCUCCCCUCAUUCUCCUCUGGCCUGCCCCUGCCCUCACACAGACCUCUCCAGAACCAGGUCUGCAUGCGCUCUGUGGGCACUAACACCCAGGAGAGGGCCACAACGGAGGGAGAGCUCCCGCAAAGAGGCCCCUGCCAACCGGGCACCAGCGUCAACCUAGAGGGUAUCGUCUGGCACGAGACUCAAGAAGGUGUGCUGGUGGUGAAUGUGACUUGGAGGAAGAGGACGUACGUGGGGACGCUGUUGGACUGCACCAAACACGACUGGGCUCCUCCCAGGUUCUGUGAGUCUCCCUGCAGUGAUCCCGAGCUGCCUGGAGGUCGCGGCCGAGGGAAGAGGCUGCGCUUGGCCCUGUCCGAGCGCUCGUGCAUCGAUUCGUCUCCGGCCGGUAAAGUCCGUGGGAUUAGCACUCACCGGAGCAGAGGCGGCGGCACCAACUCGCUCCACAAGGGACGGCGUGGUAGCCUCAACCUCAUCAACGCCAACGGAAGAUCUUCGUUUUUCACGGUGGAUGACGGUAAAUCUGCUAACAGUCUGUCUGGGAAACGAAAGAACAAGCCGCCAGCGGAUUUGGAUCUUAGCCUGGUCAGAACGGACGAUAUUAAGAACGGAAACGGGAAACGGAUCCGGGCCAAGUCACGUAGCGCUCCCUCGACGCCACAGGGUAAAAACGACCCCUCCUUCAUGGAUCCUGGAGGUGGAGGUCUGCCCAUUCUCAUAGAUUGUCCGCAUCCGAAUUGCACCAAGCGCUAUAAGCACAUCAACGGGCUACGGUACCACCAGACGCACGCGCAUUUAGAGGUGGAGGAGCGGAAACCUGAUGUGGAUGUGAUAAAAGACCCAGACAGCGAGGAUCGGCUGUCCGACUGCGAAGAUGGAAUUGGAAGUUAUGAUAUUUCGGAAGAGAGUCGCAUGGCCAGUAUCAGAGCAGAAGCCGAUAAAGUUUACACGUUUACAGACAAUGCGCCCAGUCCUUCCAUCGGUGGCUCCUCUCGAAUGGACGGGGGUAGUGUGGACAGUAAAAACAACAGCCCUGCGUACUCGGACAUCUCUGACGCAGGAGAAGAUGGAGCUGCCAAGUCUGUUUCGUCUGACGUUAGCGCAAACUCGAACCACGGGAAUACAAAAAACCCUGUGAAGGAGACCCCACAGUCCCCAUACUAUCACGGAUAUGACCCCUACUACCUCCAGGGAUACACGCCACCCGAAAGACAGAGGAAGGAGCGCAGGGAGGAGCCAAAAGAGGACGAUAAAAACUUUGUGCACGACUUCUCCGAAAGUAAAAAAUCAGAAGGACAAUCGCAGCUGCAGCUAGCCAUGAGCCAGACAGCGCUAGCCCAGUCGCUCUACUACGGACAGUACUCGCGAGGAUUGUACGUGGACCAGAAGUUAGUCCUGGCCUCAAAAUGUUGCGAUUCAAAGCAGAGAGUUCGAGAUGGAGAUGAGAUGAAACUUGGCGUUGGGAAAGACGGGGCGAGCGCAAAAAGCCCCAAAGCCGCUCAUUCGUAUGUGGAGCUAAACGAGCGCACAGACAGGGGGCAGCAGAGGGACACUGACGAGCUCUCUCAGGCUGAGCUGGACUCUAGCAGCCCCUACGCCACUUCCUUAGACGGUGGCGUGUGGAGGAGCUUUGUGCAUGGUAAAUACUGCGAGGAGGAGACAGGGGCCCCUCCGGAGCUCAUGCCCAGAGCCCAAGAGAGAGACGGGAAGACAGGAGAGGAGCUGACGGGACCCCUGUGUGAGGACAGCCAGAGCGCCAGGGCGGCCGUGUCUCCUCCGUCACCACAGCCUUAUGCCCAGUACCACCCCCCAGCCUUCCCGGCCUACCUGCCCAGCAUCAGUGAGCCGUCCGCAGGCAGCUACCGAGGCCUGUCCCCCACUCUGGUGCACUCCUACCCAGGUUUCCACUACCCGCUGUACGGAAAGACUGCGGGCAGAGAGGAACAGGAAGGCGCUGUGACCAGAGGGGGCGCUGUCAGCAGUAAACACGCAGACUCCGGAGUGCUGGAGCUACUUCCUGCCGCUCACCAGUUUCAUGGGAAGUCUCCAGCUCCCGGGGAGAAGGGUUCUCCGGAGGCAGACUCCAACAGGACUCAUGUGUCGUUUGGACGUCACCUCCACAGUCACCACUCGGCUCUGGGCCUCGGCUACAGCCUGCUGCCACCGUACGACCUGUACACAGAGAGCGAUGGAAAGAAACACAAACAGGUUUGUGACACGGAUGCAGGAGAGCGGGAGAUGGCCGCACAGUCCGCUGUUUUCACCGCUGACAAAGACACGCUGUUCUCCCAACACACUCCCACACAGACGCACGCUCUGACUCUAGAAUGGGUGUAUGGGCAGACUCCCAGCCUCCCUGUGCUGAUGCUCCAGGACGAUGAGCAGCAGGUGUUGUUGUAUGCUGCAGCCAACGUGGGGGUCAUCUACAACCACAACACCAACUCUCAGCACUUACUGCAGGGUCACAGUCAGAACGUGUGCAGCCUGUGUGUGAGUGAGGACCGACGGUGGGUGGCCACAGCUGACACCAGCCCCAUGGUCCUCGUGUGGGACUCCUACUCUGGGAUCCCGGUGUGCACGCUGAACGACUGUCACCCCAAACACGGCUUCAUAUACAUGGCCUUCUCCAGAGACACAAAGUACCUGGUCACUCUGGGAGCCGGACACAUUCAGCAUGUGUGUGUGUGGGACUGGACCUGCGACAAACAGACUCCUCUCUGCUGCGUGGACCUCAACCCAAACCACGGCCUUCAGACAGAAAUCAUGUUCAACUCCAGCAGCAGUGAACUCCUGAGCUGCAGUCAGACGCACGUCCUGGUCUACACACUGGAACAGAAACCUCUGUCCAUCUCUGCCUUGAGGCUCAGAAAGGGCGGAGCCGUGGACCCCGACUUCCCCAGCGACUGUCAGGGCAAGUGGGCAGCAGAUGGCGCUCUGGUGCAGACAGUGUUCCACUGGAGCCAGCCGUACGUCCUCACGGCCACAGCAGGGGGCAGUGUGGUCGUGUGGAACCGCAGCCAAGAAGUGACCCACAAAAGCCCUUUUUCUGCGAUCCAACUGCAGGAGACGCCCUUCACUGCUAUGUGUGUGAGCGACAGCUGUUUGGUGACUGGAGAUGCAGAGGGGAUGGUGAAGUUCUAUGGAGAGGGCUUCGAAUUAUUAGCCUGUUUCAUGGACCUGAACCUGGGGCCUAUCUCGUCCAUCACAUUCCCCGCUGAGUCCACGGCGGGCUUCUUUCUGGACUAUCACAUGGACAGUACACAGGUGUUCAUCAGAAACUUCAUGGUGUCAGAUGCAGAUUGUGUGCUUCACGUCACCACGAAGACAGAGGUGUCUCAGAUCUUGUUGAAGAAGGAGCCAAAGGCCAUGCGGGCGCUGUGCUGCCACCCUUCACUCCCCCUGUUGGUGACUGGGAGCAACGGCGGCAUUCUCAAACUCAGGGACGCCACGAGCAAACUCACCGUGAAGCAGAGGGACUUCAGACCAGAGGAGCAGAUCACCUGUGUCACCUACGAUCCCACAGGGGCUCUCCUGGCUGUGGGCUUUUACUCUGGCUCCGUUCACCUCCUGGACUCCAGCUCUUUGAAGAGUGACCCGGAGGACGGCUUCACUCUCACUAAAGACUCCAUAAACCUGCUCAGCUUCUCUGACGACUCGCUGUACCUCGCUGCGGCAGACAGUGGAUUUGCUGUGACCGUGUUGCGGCGUCUGUCUCAUGGAGCUCCGUGGGAGAGUUUGGGGCGACAUCGCUCUCACUUCAGCCCCAUCCAGAGCCUCCUGUUUGGGCUGCAGCUGGACACCACACAGCCUCGUCUGCUCUCUCUGGGACUAGACCGAAGACUGGUGGAGUACGACCUGAAGCGCAGCAGUGGCCCCGCCCUCUCGGUUCUGUCCACGGUGCGGGUGGAGCAGGCGGCUGUCCCCCUCUGUAUGACCUGGUAUCCUUCUCUGAGCAGCGAGCAGUUCCUCCUGCUCUGCUCCGACCAUUACAAGAUCCGACUCAUCAACAGCACCACACUCAUGAGCAGGAGAGUGAUCCGAGGCCCGAUCUAUGGCUCUCCACUGCAGAGAGUACUGGUUCUGCCAAAAGUCAAAGAGGACCAGAGCAAAAACUACCACAUGGCCUUCACCGCACAGGACAAGGUGGGUCUGCAGGUGCUCCCGGCGGAUGGAAACCCAUUUAAGUCCCACGCUCUGAUCUGUCACCCGUCCGGAACGUCAUCUCUGAGCGCCUCCUUCGACGGCGGCCAUGUUAUGACGGCGGGAGCAGCAGACCAUGCAGUCAUGAGCUGGAUCGUGAACACACAAGCUCUGGAGGCUGCAGCGGCGCUGGGCGGCACCGGAACCGAGCCUUUCUACACACUGCUGGAGGGAGGACGAGACGGACACUUCUUCAAGGAGAUGGAGAACUUGUUUUAUUACAUCCAGAUCCAACCCCAGAGCAAAAACAGCCUCCAAAACUUUGAGGUCUCCACCAAGAUCCCCCUGUCCGAGGUGCCCACCAUGAUGAGGGCCUUGGGGUUCUUCCCCUCAGAGCAGGAGAUUGAGGACAUGAAGAAUGAGGUGAAGUUCAGCAGAUACGCAGACACCAGGAGCUACGUGACGGAGCUGGACCUGGACGAGGUCAUAAAGCUGUAUGUGAACCACAGGCCGGUGUUCGGACUGAUGCACGAGGAGCUGGAGGAGGCCUUCAACUGCCUCAAAGAAAACCAGGAGAGCAUAGAGAGGAGCCACCUGCUGCAGCUGCUCCAGAGCCAAGGGGAGGCCAUGACGGAGGACGAGGUUCUGCAGAGCUUCUCUUCUCUCCUGAACCUGAGCGAAGACCCAGACUGCUCCAAACGCAGCAAGAGUUCCAUUCCUGCUGAGUUGUCUUUGGAGACUUUGGCUCAGAUACUCGGAAUAGUUACGACGUCGGAUCAACAAUCUCCAAAGCAUUGA